UAAACCCAGCAUCUAGCUGUUUUUCCACCUCCGCCGAAAUUCUCCUGCCAGCGUACCUCCUCUUCGUUUCCUCUUGUGGCGUUGAACUUCCUCACAACCUUUCUCGCCCCUCGCAUGCGGAGCUUUGUCAACAUGUCUGCUUAGAAGCGCGUAGAUCCCACUGCGGCCGUCUGCCUCUCUUCCU